AUGAGACAAUUAACAGAAGAAGAAACUAAAGUUGUUUUUGAAAAGCUAGCAGGUUAUAUUGGCCGUAAUAUUCAAUAUUUAGUUAAUGAUAAAUACGUUUUCCGUUUACAAAAAGAUAGGGUUUAUUAUGUUCCAGAAUUAGUAGCCAACUAUGCUACAUCCGUUACACGUCAACAAUUGAUGUCUCUAGGGAUAUGUUUCGGGAAAUUCACCAAAACUGGAAAAUUUAGAUUACAUAUUACAGCUUUACAAAUCUUAAGCGAACAUGCCAAAUAUAAAAUAUGGGUUAAACAAAACGGGGAAAUGCCAUUCCUAUACGGCAACCACGUAUUAAAGGCUCAUGUUGGUAAAAUGAGUGAUGAUAUACCUGAACAUGUUGGUGUUAUUGUUUAUAAUAUGCACGAUAUUCCAUUGGGGUUUGGCGUUAGUGCCAAAAGCACAAAUGCAUCCAGAGAUUUACAACCAACAGGAAUUGUGGCCUUUAGACAGGCAGAUAUUGGUGAAUAUUUGAGAGAUGAAGAUACUCUAUUUACAUAA